GCGGUACCGCAGGGACUGGGAACACCGAGGGUACCCGGCAUACAGGGGCACCGGCCCUGCACCAUGAUCUGCGGCAGGAGGGCUCGUCCCGCCGCCGAGCAGCCCCACGCCCCGUCCGACGGCUCCGGUGGCCCCUGCCGACCCGGCAGAGCCCUGAGGAAAAUGGGCCUGACGGAGGACGAGGACGUGCAGCGGAUGCUACGGGGCUCCCCUCUCCUCAAGAUCAAGUCGCGGGGGGGUCCCCGGGAGCGGCUGUUCCGGCUGCAGGAGGACGGGGCCACUGUCUGCUGCGAGCGGCACCUCGGGCGUGCGCGGCCCCGGCAGAGCUUCUCGGUGACGCACAUCGCGGGGGUGCGCGAGGGGCACCAGUCGGAGGGGCUGCGCCGGCACGGAGCCGCCUUCCCUGCGCGCUGCUGCUUCACCCUCGUCUUCAAGGGCAGGCGCAAGAACCUGGACCUGGCGGCCCGCGGCGAGGAGGAUGCCCGGCACUGGGUGCAGGGGCUCACCAAGCUGAUGGGGCGGCUGCAGGCCAUGAGCCAGGCGGAGAAGCUGGACCACUGGAUCCACGGGGUCCUGCAGCGGGCAGACAGGAACAGGGACAACAAGAUGUCGUUCCGGGAGGUGAAGAGCAUGCUGAGGAUGAUCAACAUCGACAUGGACGACGUCUACGCCUACAAGCUGUUCAAGGAGUGCGACCGCUCCGGCGACGAGCGGCUGGAGGGCCGGGAGCUGGAGCGGUUCUGCCGGCGGCUGCUGCGGCGCCCGGAGCUGGAGGAGCUGUUCGCGCAGUACUCGGGCGAGGACCGUGUGCUGUCGGCCGAGGAGCUGCGGGAUUUCCUGCGGGAGCAGGGCGAGGACGCCAGCCUGCGCCAGGCCCGCGCCCUCAUCCGCGCGCACGAGCUCAACCACACAGCCCGGCAGCAGGACCUGAUGACGCUCGACGGCUUCAUGAUGUACCUGCUGUCGGCCGCCGGUGACAUCUUCAACCAGGAGCACGCCAAGGUGCACCAGGACAUGAGCCAGCCCCUGUGCCACUACUUCAUCUCCUCCUCCCACAACACCUACCUGACCCGCCACCAGAUCGGCGGCACCAGCAGCACCGAGGCCUACGCCAGGGCGCUGAUGGCUGGCUGCCGCUGUGUGGAGCUGGACUGCUGGGAGGGCUCCGACGGGGAGCCCGUCGUGUACCACGGCCACACGCUCACCUCCAAGAUCCUGUUCCGCGACGUCAUCCAGAGCAUCCGCGACUAUGCCUUCAAGCAAUCGCCGUACCCCGUGAUCCUGUCCCUGGAGAACCACUGUGGGCUGCAGCAGCAGGCUGCCAUGGCCUGGCACCUGAGGGCCAUCCUGGGGGACAUGCUGGUGACACAGCUGCUGCAGGGGCAGGACCCCCAGCGCCUGCCGUCCCCGGAGCAGCUGAAGGGGAAGGUUCUGGUGAAAGGCAAGAAGCUGCCAGAGCCGUGGCAUGAGCACAGAGGUGUCACCUCCCCUCCGGACCCCGAGGAGGAGGAAGAUGAUGAUGAGGAGGAGGAAGAGGAGAAGCUGCAGGAGAGAAGCAGGAGGCAGGCCAGGGCCGCGGCGCCGGUGGCCCCGGAGCUGUCGGCACUGGUGGUGUAUUGCCGGGCCGUGCCCUUCCCCGGGCUGGCGCAGGCCCUGCACCGGCCACAGCCCUGGGAGCUGUCGUCCUUCAGCGAGAGGAAGGCGCGGAAGCUCAUCAAGGAGGAGGAGAUGCAGGGCUGGGGGCUGAGCCCCCCGGUCCCCCCAGGCCCGGCGCUGGUGCAGUACAACGCCCGGCAGCUCAGCCGCGUCUACCCGCUGGGGCUGAAGAUGAACUCCGCCAACUACAACCCCCAGGAGAUGUGGAACGCCGGCUGCCAGCUGGUGGCCCUCAACUUCCAGACGCCGGGCUACGAGAUGGACCUGAACGCCGGGCGCUUCCUGGGCAACGGCGGCUGUGGCUACGUGCUGAAGCCCCCCUGUCUGCGCAGCCCCCCCGGGGAGGGCUCCCGCUGCCUGGCUCUGCAUGUCAGGGUGAUCACGGCACAGCAGCUGCCCAAGCUGAACUGGGACAAGGGCAGCUCCAUCGUGGAUCCCUUCGUGCGGGUGGAGGUUCACGGCGUCCCAGGCGACUGCAGCAAGCGCCAGACCCGCCACAAGACCAACAACGGCUUCAACCCGCGCUGGGAGGAGACGCUGAGCUUCCAGCUGCGCGUGCCCGAGCUCGCCCUGGUGCGCUUUGUGGUGGAGGACUACGACAGCACCUCCUGCAACGACUUCGUGGGGCAGUUCACGCUGCCCCUGGCCAGCAUGCGGCAAGGGUACCGCCACAUCCACCUGCUCUCCAAGGACGGCACGUCCCUGGCGCCCGCCACGCUCUUCGUGCACAUCCGAUGCAAGAGCCUCUGAGGUCCCCGUGGGAGGGGCGUGCUGUGCGUCCCUGUCCCCGCUCCUCACCCGGCUCUGCUGACAGUGGCGCAACUUGGGGGCCCCGGGGGCUGGGGUCCCCUCCCUGGCCAGCAGUGCCAGCCCAGCCGCUGCCCCCCUGCCUUGCUGUGACCCCCAGGGCACUGGGAUGGGGUGGUGGGGCCACUGAAAGCCCAGCACAGCCCCAGGGAAGGGGGGAGAUGGGUGACAGCAACCCCCAAAUGUCAGCAGGCCCCGGGGCUGCCAGGACACACCACGAGGUCCCCGAGGGACCCUCCACCAAGUGCCCCAGAUCCCCCACCCUGCUGCAGCCCCGGUGCCAGUCACACAUUCACACCCCGGUGUCCAACCAGCCAAUAAAGGGUUUAUUUCAGCA